AGGAAAAAGAGAGCCGCAGACACAGAGCAGAGAGAGAGAGAGAGAGAGCAUGUGUGGUUUUCUGUAUGCGGUUUGGUUUUCUAAGUACAUACAUACAGCCAGAAAUUUCUGGUUAAGGGGAUGACGCAGAAUUAUUUGGGAGGCGUACAAAGAGAGAAGGAGAGAGAGAGGGGGGGAGAGAGGAGAGAGGGGUAUAGGGGAAUGCCAAGCACCUCUGAAACUGCAGAAGAGUCACGCAGGAGAAGUAGGAAGAAGAAAAUCUUAGAAUGAUAGAGAGGAAGGGGAUAUGGGUUUUGAUGUUGUGAUUGUUUGACCCAAAAAAUUGUUUUGAUGGCCACGAUCUAUGGGUUUAAUCUGUGCUUGCAAGUUUUUCGAGCAUGGUUUAUGGAUGAUUUUACUAAAUGAUCAUAAAGCUUUGCGGGAACACAUUGAAGAGAGCACAAAGAACAGAAUAGAGAAGAUUGGAUAGGGUAGCUUAAAGGGACACUCUUGAAGAUUUAGGAGGACAAUAUAACAAAGCAGGGUAGAUGGGGUUGCCUCAAGUGUCCACUAGCAUUGCAGAAGAAGUAGCAGCAUCACUGAGCACGUUUGUGCAAACACCGCCUCGAUUUGUUGGCGUGAGCAGCUGUGAUGUAAAUGGGAUGCAUGGGGGAAACUUAGGAAAUCGAGUGUCAGGGGAUUUCCCAUGCUCUUCUUUAGGAGAUUUCCAAAAUAAAACCAUCUUGGAUUUUCAAAAGGAUCCAGAUGGUCUGCGUAUGCAAAAAGAUGGCACAUCCAACAAGCAUAGGUUGAAGCUUGGUCCUACUGAUAGAAAUGGAUGGUUGAGUUGUAGAAGUGGGCGGCAUAUUCAUAGCCCUAUUUCAAGGAUUGUGGGUUUUGAAUCUAGGGCAUUGAAUUGUCCUGGUAAUGUAUUUGAGGGAAAUGAAUUAGAUCAGGUUCAUUCAUCUGGUGGUGUGGUUAAUACCACUGGCAAUGCAACUGAGACAGCUGGGCCUCUGGCUAGGAAACGGUUAUUAUCUCCUUUAAGUAGCAUGCUUCUUCCAGAUCAAUUUAGUGGUGAUGCUCUUGAUAUUAAUGGGAGCAAAAAUCAUGGUGAUUCCCAUGUUGUUAGUGAUAAUUUUAAUGUUCAUGUUUCACAAGAGAACAAGAAAGCUAAUAUCGGGAAUACAAAUGGUUUGAACACUCGAUGGUCUGCUUCUAGUUUUACAGACUGGAGUAGUUCACUGGAUGAUUGUUGUGGGAUGGACUCCAUCCUUUUCACCGAUGGACCUCUGGUCAAGAACAAGACCCGUUUGCAAAGUCUUUUUUUAUCUUCAUGUGGACAUGACUACUCUGGAGAAAUGACUGAGCUAAGGCCCCAAACAGGGGAAAUAAACAUGACUCCUAAAAAGAUGGUUUCGCCUCUGUUGUCUUUGUCUCCUCUAGGUCCAAAAUUCCCUGAAAGAAUGACAAAUGCAAGAGUAAGUAGGGAUAUUGGGAGAGAGCUAGAUGACAACUGCUUGACUUUGAAGGAUAUGGAACAGUCACUAGAUGGAACUGUCCUGGGAGUUUCUUGUUCUCAGAAGAAAGAGGACUUUGGGCGAUACAGCGCAUCAUUUAAGGAUUUUGAUAUUUUACAGAACAAGUGCGACCUGUUUACCCCUGAAUGUGAAACUUGUGUGACUCAACAUUGGGGUCGGAAUACUACGCAUACUCCUCAUUGUGUCAAGUUUGUUAAAACUCCGAGUGUACUGCCUGUUAGAAGAUCAUUGGUUGGUUCAUUUGAGGAGUCCCUCCUGUCAGGUCGUUUAUCAGCUGGGAAAUUCAGUAAGAAAAUUGAUGGUUUCCUAGCUGUUCUUAGCAUCACUGGAGGAAGUUUCUCUCCACAAUCUCAAAAACUUCCAUUUUCUGUAACUAGUAUGGAUGGAGAUAGCUACUUGCUAUACUAUUCUUCAAUAGAUAUUGCAGGUCAUUUCGCAUCAAACAGGUUUAAAGGCCCAAAAAUGAAGAGAAGCCUUAGCAUUGAUGAUUCACGGGCAGAGAAAAGCCGUCUUCGUAUACCUAUGAAAGGCCGGAUACAACUGGUUCUGAGCAAUCCAGAAAAGACACCCAUUCACACCUUCUUUUGUAACUAUGAUUUAAGUGACAUGCCGACCGGUACAAAGACGUUUCUGCGCCAAAAGGUCACUCUUGCCUCUUCCGAACCAACUUCAAUACAUGGGAAUGGAGGAGAUAGAGGUUCUGACAUGAAAUGUGACAUCAAAUCAUCUCUAGUCUCAAAUACAAGUCAUUCUCUACACCAUAGCAGGGACUUCACCUGUGCAAGUGGUGUGGACUUUGUACAUUCCUUACAACCUACAGACCAAAGUAUAGUAGCAAUGGAAACAGCCUCACACUCUAGUGGGUUUGACAGUAAGGGAUACACCAAGAAUGGUGGGGAAAUCAACUGCCCAUUGAAUACUCAUCAUGUAGAAAGCAAAUUUGUACAUAGUUCUUCUAAGGUCAAUGAGAAUACUGCUGGUUCCGGCGGUCUGCGUUAUGCUCUUCAUCUUCGAUUUUUAUGCCCUUUUCCCAAGAAAUUUUCUAGGUCAAUCCAAAGGUGCAAGUCUGAUCCUCUAUCUGCACCAGAAAGAAACUCUAUGGACAUUGUAGGGGAGCGACGCUUCUUCUUGUACAAUGAUUUGAGAGUUGUGUUUCCCCAACGGCAUUCGGAUACUGAUGAGGGCAAGUUACAUGUAGAAUACCAUUAUCCAUCCGACCCAAAAUAUUUCGACAUCAGCAGCUGAAAUGUCGCAGACCAUCCCUUUCACCAGGAAUCUGUAUGUGUUUGUACAUAGUGUACAUGUAUUUUUUAGGUCAUCUUACAGACUGAGGGGACAUUAACCCCAUUUCACAUGUAAAGAUCUCCAUUGUGGAUAAUUAGAAGAUUUUAUCUCAUAAUCAUCAUGGCUUAGUUGAUCAUAUGCCAACCCCAACCUGACUAAAGGAGGAGGGGGGUGUACAUGAACAUACUUUACAAAAUCAAGUGAUGGAAUAAAAUUCAGUGGUUUAAACA